AUGAGUGCCAGUUCAGAUGGCAACAACUGCAGUAACUACGACCACCACUACAACUGCAACAACUCCCACUACUACAUAAACUACAACAACUACCACUGCUGCAACAACUGCAACUGCUGCAAUGACCACAACAACUGCUGCAACAACUACAAUAACUGCUGCACCUACUGCUAUCACAAUAUCAACAACUGCAGCACCUGCGACCACCACUACAGCUGCAACAACUACGACAGCUGCAACAACUACAACAACUGCUGCACCUGCUACUAUCACAACCACCACCACCACCACCACUACUACAGCUGCCACCACUACAACCACCACUGCUGCCACGACGACAACUGCUGCCACUACUACAACUGCUGCCGCUACAACCACCACUGCUGCCACAACAACCACUGCUGCUGCUGCAACAACCACCGCUGCUGCUGCAACAACCGCCGCUGCUGCAACCACCACUGCUGCAACCACCACUGCUGCAACAACCACUGCUGCAACAACCACUACUGCUGCUGCCGCCACCCUCUCUCCUACGGUUGUCCAACUCCUCCUCCAGACCACCACCACCACCACGACUACAGCUGCCACCACUACAACCACGACUGCUGCCACGACUACAACUGCUGCCACGACUACAACUGCUGCUGCUACAACCACCGCUGCUGCUGCCGCCACCCUCUCUCCUACGGCUGUCCAACUCCUCCUCCAGACCACCACCACCACUACAGCUGCCACCACUACAACCACGACUGCUGCCACGACUACAACCACCGCUGCUCCAACCACCACUGCUGCAACAACCACUACUGCUGCUGCCACCACCGCCUCUCCUACGAUUUUUGA